GGGGUUUUAAGAGGCAGCUGGGUCCCGCUGCUGCUGCUAGGGCUUUUGGAGACAAUGGGGACGAUGGGGCUGGUGGCUUGCAGAUGGGACUGAGCCUCUGCCUGUGAAGAGGCUUCAACUGUAUGCCCCCCUCGUCCCCCAACAUGGAGCCCUUGAAGGAGCGGGCUGGGUGGUGCACAGGGUACUUGGGGGAGGAGGCUGUGGCUGAAAUGAGACCUUUGCUACAAGAGAAUGCUGGCCAGGAAAUGAAGGUGGAGCCCACAGGUUGGGGAUCAGAUGAUCCAGAGUUAGAGGAAGAAGACAUUGGUCCAGAUCCUGUGCGGGUUUUGAUGUUGCCACUUCAGGCCCAGCAUGCCAUGGAGAAGAUGGAAGAAUUUGUUUUGAAGGUUUGGGAAGGCCGCUGGCGUGUCAUGCCUUACGAUGUGCUGCCUGACUGGCUGAAAGACAAUGAUUUUCUCCUGCAUGGACAUAGGCCACCCAUGCCUUCCUUCCGUGCCUGUUUCCGCAGCAUCUUCCGGCUCCACACCGAGACUGGCAACAUCUGGACUCAUCUGCUUGGGUUCCUCUUCUUCCUGGUUUUGGGCAUUGGAUACAUGUUCAGUCCUAAUAUGAAAUAUGUGGCCCCCAUCCAGGAGCGUGUGGUCAUUGGCAUGUUUUUCCUCGGAGCCAUUCUCUGUCUCUGUUUCUCCUGGCUAUUCCACACAGUCUAUUGCCACUCUGAGAAAGUUUCUCGUACCUUCUCCAAAUUAGAUUACUCUGGAAUUGCCCUGCUCACCAUGGGCAGUUUUGUUCCUUGGUUGUAUUACUCGUUCUACUGCUCACCACAACCCCAGCUCAUCUACCUCAUCAUCAUCUGUGUGCUGGGUAUAACUGCUAUCACGGUGUCGCAGUGGGAUCAUUUUGCCACACCACAGUAUCGGGCCGUGCGGGCAGGUGUAUUUCUGGGCCUAGGGCUGAGUGGACUGGUGCCCACCCUCCAUUUCAUGAUCACGGAAGGUUUUAUCAAGGCCACGACAGUGGGACAGAUUGGUUGGCUCUUCCUCAUGGCAGUCCUCUACAUCUUGGGAGUGGGCUUGUAUGCUGCCCGCAUUCCUGAACGUUUCUUCCCGGGCAAGUGUGACAUCUGGUUCCAUUCUCACCAGAUCUUCCACGUCUUGGUGGUUGCAGCUGCCUGUGUCCAUCUUCACGGGGUCUCCCAGCUGCAGGCAUUCCGCUCAUCACUGGGCGGCAGCUGCACGGAGAACACUGUGCUCUGAUACCUUUUGAGGCCCCAGGGACACCUCUGCUGAAUGAGGGCAGCCCUCCUGUCACCCUGCACACUUCUGGAUACGGACCACAAGGGGCAGGGCCUCUCUUAAAGAGCACUGCAGCAAGUUUCCUUUUGAAAAACAAUCUUUGUGUCCCAGGUCUUCUUUGCAGUUGGGGGGAUGGCUCUCCUUUCCUCCAUUAGGGCAACCUACGCGUGAGCCUAUGUGAUAUGUGCGAGCAUGUGGAUUACACGUGUGUGUGAAUUGCCAGCAAUGGGUGUAAGGCUAAAGAGAUGGGCGAUAAUAUGGUAGGCAGUUAAUCCCUUCAGACAACUUAAAAUGCCGGUACAUGUGGGGAUUCAUAUAGAGCACGAUGGAUGCAUACAGUAUCUCCCAUAAGCUAAGGAGAUGUCUUUGUUUUUUUUUAAUGAAGUAUUCUCAGGUCUGUCCAAGCCGUGUAUAUUUGUUCAGUUCUGUUUAUGAACUGGUGCUUUUUUAAGAGGCGGAUUAUUUUCAGAUGGGUGCCCAGAAAGCAUGCUGUCUACUGAAAUACGUAACAAACUUAUUUUUGUUCCACCAAAAGUGAAAAGGGAAGGAGUAGACCACAAGAUAGGAUGACUGAGUGGCUUUGUUGCUGGACAGCAACAGAUUGUUUGCUUCUCUGUGGAAAUGUAGGUUAUAUGUCUUAAGAGCUAAGCCUACUGUCCAGAUCAACAUCAGGGCAUGGAUGAUUGGCAUAUAUCUAUUCCCCCCCAGCCACGGGAUAAAAAUGGAUGCAGUUAUGGGCCAGUAAUCCUCCCUCCCCUUGAGAUUUGUGGAUGUCUAAAUGUGUCAGCCUUCCUGGGUUUUUAGGGUACAGAAAGGGAAACAUUUCCAAUCACGACUGCAUAGAGAGAGAUCAGGGCUUUGGCUGGAGAAGCCUGCAUUUUUUUUUACCAUCAAUUUACUAGUUUGGAAAUUACAGUAGCUGUUGCUCAGUUCUCUGUUCUUUAAUCCCUGACAAAUAGUUUCAAGGAUAGGACAUUUCUUAAAUAAUAGAUUGUGUGUAUGUCUGUGCAUGUGGUGAGAAGUCAGAUUUCUUCUUCUCCCCAAGAAUCUAGAUAACAGCAAAUAAAAUAAUCUGAACAGAACUCUCACUGCUCCUCCGCCUUCUGAAGGACUGUCAGUCUACUUGGUGUUUUGCUACAGAACCCUCACCCUUUUUCUGUUGAAGAUGAGGUAUGAAGGGAAAAGUCAGUCCAGUGUAACACAAGAGUCUUCUUUCUUUACACAUCCUUCCCUGCUACUGGAAGACCAAGAGGCUCCAACUUUCAUUCUGGGUGCCAUAGUGAUGCACCUUCUUUGGAUGCUGUCAGUAGAGCACCAAUAUCAGUCUUGUAGGAAAGAGCCUAGAAUUUGGAUCUGAACCCUGAAACGUCCCUGCAAUCAAAUCUGUAACUACUGGACUCCUACAUCAGCCAAGCCAAUAUCUAAAAUGCUCUAGAACAUUCUUCCCUAAGCUGAUUGCCUUUGGAUCCUCAGUCUGCAUAACCAUUGUAUCUGGAGAUGGCACCAGCUGCUUAAAGUCUGCUCUAGAGUAAAUGCCCACCCUCUCACUCCUGCAGCAAAUUACAGUUCCUUUAAAAUAUUUUAAUAACUGUAAAGCACACAGGAUUAAGAUGCUGAGGCAGGAUGGGGAAGUCAGUUUAUUAAUUUAUUGAUAACAGCUAUAGAUCAAUCAAAGUGGUGUUAAGUACGUUGGAGAUGGUUCUAGUUCAGUGGUGGCGAACCUAUGGCACGCGUGCCAGAAGCGGUACUCAGACCCUUCUCUAUGGGCACGCACACCAUGCC